AUGGUCCAUGGAGUCGCGAUUGGGCUUCAGCGAGUUCACGUCGCUUUCAAGCCAUCAACAGGACUAGCCCAGUUGGCAUUCAAUAUCUGGCUUGUGAGCGCACUCUUCAGUGGAGUUUUUAUGGUCUAUGUCUAUUCCUAUUCUUACUUUGUCCCCUCGCUCAUGGAGCGUGUCAACAACGCCACUGCCCUUCAGCAGAACCACACGUUGGAGAUGUUUCCGCAGCAGCCAACAAUGACAGCAACACCUCAGUCGAUAACUAUACCGGCCCUUGUUGCGACCGUGUGGAAGGGGGUCGAACCCUGGAUACCCUCUGCGCUUAAUAUGGUAUUAGGAUUUGCAUUGUGGACCAUCUUGAUUCAGAGGCGGCAAUUGGAUCAUGAGCAGGAGGUUCGAUGGGAACAACAAGGAAACCACCUCUUAUCUGCCAACAGCGACCUCCCUGCGCCCAUCACGUCGGCAUCGAUGGUGGAUGGGUUCAAGACCGAGGCCGAAAUUCGCCGAUUGAGACUGAGGGUGCCAACGUGGCCUCGUCUCUUUGUAGGCGUCUGGCUGCUGGUGAGGACGAUCAAUGGCAUGAGCCAGAUUUCUCACCUUUCUGGCGGAGUACAUCACGCAGAAUGGGCUUUUUAUUUGAUGCAAGGGAUUGCAGGGCUGUACGUCAUCUACUCCAAGACCCUCAUUCACACCCAAUGGCUCUUCUACUCCAUCUGCGCCACCACCUUCCACACCGUUUCAAAAUCAAGCAUGGAGCACUGGAACGAGGACUUUACAGUCGCACCCUUUCCUUACAAGGACAGCAAUACAGGGCAGCAAUCGAUAGAAGAGGUGACCUUUCUCCGUGCUUGCAAGAUGAUUGCUUUCAAUGCAUUUUUUGUGUACCGUCUCUGGGUUGCUUGGCGCCUGGUGGAGGAUUUGAAGGCGCGCGAUGCGAGAGUUGCAAGGGCAAGAAGAGUCCAAUGA